AUGAAGCAGCCUCUACAGAGUCGACUAAUUAUUUAAGAUGCAAGACGCAAGAAUUUAAGCGCUGUUGCUCUUCUUGAUCCUUCCCCAAAGUAAAUCACUAUACGGAAGGCUUCAAUUGGUGGGUUAAAGAAUAAAGAAAAUAUGAAUAGCAAUGACACUUAGAGGAAACAAAAAACUUCUUAAAAUACUAACACAGAGGACAUUAGAAAAUAGAUAAGUCAAUUAAUAAAAAAAACAGCUUAAUCUUAAAGAACCAAAUUGAAGAAGAUUGAUAUUGGAUGUCAAGAAUAGAUUGAAAUUAAUGAUCAAAAAGAAGGAAUUUUUGAUGAAUAUACUUUAAGACUGUUGUAUUAAAAAGAGUUGGAAUAUAAAAUUCAUCCAUAAUUCUUUGAUCAUUAAUCACAUGUAUCUCCAUAGAUGAGAUCUAUUUUAUAUGACUGGAUUAGUGAAGUCUGCAAAGAAUUCACAUUAAAGAGAGAGACUUUUCAUUUAUGUAUUCAUAAUUUGGAUAGAUAUAUGUCCAAAGCCUCUGUUAGUAAGUCAGAACUUCAAUUAUGUGGCUUAGCAAGUCUAUUAAUUGCAUGUAAAAUUGAAGAAAUCUAUCCACCAAAAGUUAAUGAUUUUUCAUCAGCAAGCAAUUAUGGAUUCACAGAGCAACAAAUCUUGGAUAAGGAAUUAGAUAUUUUAUCUGAAUUAAAGUGGAUGAUCAAUCCCCCAACUCUUUAUCUUUGGAGUUCAUGGUACCUAUCCUAAUGGGAUAUUUACUAUCCUUAGGCCAACCUAUAAAUUAAAUAACCAACACAAUCAUCCUAUGCAUUAUUUAGACAUUUUAUGACCUUUUUAGAUUGUGCCAUUUUAGAUAUCAAAUUAUAUUAAUUUACCAACCGAGAAAUAGUUUCAUCCUUACUUUAUUUGGUUUUAUUAAAACAAUAUUGUGGAUGCACAUAUCAAAGAAUAGUGGAAAAUAAAGUUUAAGAGAAAGAUGUUCUUGAUUUCUAGCGCAUUUAUAAGCCAUUCAUUGAAAUUGUAUUUGGCUUUCAAUUUAGUUAAUUAACCAGAUGCAUUAGAUAUUUGACGAAAUUUUUAAUUUUAGAUGUGAUUAUUGAUUAACCUGGCUCAACUAAAGUUGUAGCCGAAAAAGAAUUAAUGGAAGUUUAUGAAUAUUUCUUAUCAAUUUAAACACAUAAUCCAGCUGGUCUUUAAUUCAUUAGAAAAUGA